AUGGAGACCGAGUCCACGCCGCUCAAGACCUACGAGGCCGGAGUUGCCGUCGUGGGCACUCCUCUCAUGAGUGGCCUCAUCCUGCACAAGGAGCCAAAGACGCAGCAGAGCGACAACGGCGUGCAGUUCCAGAUCCUCGGCGCAGCCAGCCACCCCGUGCAAGUUUCAGCUCAGCCCACCAUUGCACAUAGGAUGGAGCCAGGCAAGAUGGUGCACAUGCACGAGUCGCUUAUGCCCGAGAUUGGCACCGACGGAGGCUGCGGCCAGGCGUGCACGCGCUGCUGCUGCGCCGGUGGGUCGAUGUUCCGCCUGAUGUACGAGAACAAAUCGAGCGAGCCAAUUCCGAUGGCCGCGUCGCCUUCGUGGCCGGCAAAGGCGGCCGUCCUCCCGUUAGACAUGUCCAGGUACAACGGCAUUCACUUGAGCGCGAGCGCAUGGUUCGCCUCCGUCGCGACAAAGACCGAGUUUAGCAUCCAGCGCGCUCAGAGCGCCGGCGCGGCUUGCUGCGGCGGGCAGGGGCUCUUCUAUAAUGUCAUGACGGGCGACGGCGUCGCCUUCAUCUGCGGCGGCGGCGCGAUUGUCGAGAAGGAGCUGGCGGCUGGCGAGGCGAUCGUCAUCGACACAUCGUCGCUGCUCGCGUGGGAGCCAUCCGUCCAGCUUGAGGUGCGCCGCGCCGGCGGCUGCUUGAUGUGCUGCUGCGGCGGCGAGGGCCUCUUCCUCAACGAGAUGAAAGGCCCCGGUAAGAUCUGGAUCCAGCCGAUGCCCCUCUCGAAGCUUAAGGCGACCUUCGUCUCGCCGGGCGGCGGCGGCGGCGGCGGCGGCGGCGGCGGCGGCGGCGGUGGCGGCGGCGGCGCCUAG